UCUCGUUAUUUCUUCCGCGGGCAGGACGCAACAGUCUUUUUAAUCAUUUGUAUUAAUAUAUUUGGGUAUUUAGUGAGUUAUUCGGGAGAAGCGACAUACAUUGCAUGAAAAUACUGUUUAAAAGAUGUGUUUUAAAAACACAUCUGAUAGAAAAUGUUUGUUUUUCUCUCAAAAAUAGUUAGUGCUGUAUAUAAUGGCGCGUGACAGCUUCACUGAGAGUGUGCUUGUAAAUUUGGAUGUUGAAAGUCUUGGACCUGAGCUCCUUAAACGAGACAAACCCGACUUUUCAACAACCAGGAAAUUGUACUCGUGUGUAAAGAAAAAGACAUUCGCUACAUUUGUGGCAUCCAAGAAAGUAGCCUGUGAACGCAUCUCCCCAGCUCUUUGGCUUUGCUGUGGAAAGUCAUUCGAAGAGUCAUCAUCCAUUCACAAACAUGUAGCCAGUAGUCAUGCCAGUGAGAUUCACCAGCUCACCACUGAGACGCUGGACGUGAUGCUGCAGCAGACUGACAGCGAAGAUUCAAUGCAAGAGUCCAUUCAAGAUAUCUCAUCCUGGAUCCCUGAUACAAGCCAAGUUUCAGACGAUGAUCUGAUCAGGGGCCCAGGGGAAGUUCUGCUGUAUUACUACUACUGCCAGUUAAACAAUCCUCAGGUCAUUUGUCAGUGGCAGAAAGAGCUCUGUUCAAAACUUCAGCUUACAGGCAAGAUAAGAGUAGCUACUGAGGGUAUCAAUGGUACUGUUGGUGGCACCAAAACAGCCACAUAUCUUUAUAUAAAAGCAAUGCUUUUACAUCCAGCAUUUAAACUGUUGCAAAUACAGGAUUUCAAGAGAAGUAAAGGAGGUGCAGAGUGCUUUUCUGAUCUUAGGGUUGGUGUCUACAAAGAAAUUGUCCCUAUGGGUGUGGAUCCAGAUGACAUCCCUUUCAGGAUGGCGGGAAUACAUUUGGAACCAGAAGAAUUUCAUAAAGAAGUGAAGGCCCUCAUUGAAAAUAAGUCUGCAGCAGACAGUGAUACAAUACUGUUGGACUGCAGAAACUUCUAUGAGAGUAAAAUUGGUCAAUUUAGUCAGUGUUUGGCCCCUGACAUCCGGAAAUUCAGCUACUUCCCAGACUAUGUGGAUAAGAAUCUGGAUCUUUUCCAGGACAAAAAGGUUCUGAUGUACUGUACGGGGGGAAUUCGCUGUGAACGCGGGUCAGCUUACCUUCGAUCUAAAAAUGUCUGCAAGGAGGUGUACCAGCUUAAAGGUGGCAUUCACAAAUACCUCGAGCAGUUUCCUGACGGCUUCUACCGUGGCAAACUCUUUGUGUUUGAUGAACGCUAUGCAAUCGCGUUCAACAAGGACAUCAUCUCGGAGUGCAGAUACUGUAGUUUCCCGUGGGACCAAUAUCAGCUGUGCUCCACGGACUUCUGCUGCCAGCUAGUACUGUCGUGCACCACCUGUAGAGAGAACGGUCUGACAGCCUGCUGUCCCGUGUGCCAAACUAAAGAGCAAAACCACAGCGACGGCUCCUCUAAUGGGACUCCUCAUAAAGAGGAAUGUGAAUGCACAAUGUCACGACCCCGAAUCCCUAAAGACACGUUAUGA